AUGUCGACCAACUCAUCUGAGCGAACGGUGACCACCACCACCGCUGCAUCUCCGAUCACCACCAACCCUCUCUCCUCAGCCCACCAUUUCGUGUCGAUCAAGCUGACGGCACGAAAUUUUCUCUUUUGGCGGACACAACUUGUGCCAUUCCUCCGUGGCCAGGGUCUAUUGGGCUAUGUCGAUGGCGAACACCCGUGCCCACCGGCGGUCAUCCCCGCAGCUCCGUCCGAUGCGUCGACCUCCACCGGCGUCACUCCGUCCGUCACGCCGAAUCCGGCUCAUGGUGCCUGGAUAGAACAAGAUCAAUCGAUCUUGUCGCUCCUUAUUUCCAGCUUGUCCGACGAGGUAAUGUACCUCGCUGUUGGCCGCGUGACAUCCCGGGAGGUGUGGCUGUCCAUCACAGCGGCGUUGGGGUCCUCCACGCGUGCUCGUUGCCUCAACCUCCUAGCCCAGUUUCAAUCCCUCCGACAAGGGGAUAGCUCGCCGGCGGAGUACCUCGGCAGGGCGCAAUUUAUUGUCGAGGAUCUCUCAUUGGCCGGCCGGCCAAUCUCUCUGGACGAACAGAACCUUUACGUGUUUAGGGGGUUACGUCCAGAAUACCGUGCGAUGGCAGCGUCGCUUGCAGUUUCCGGCGAACCCGUGACAAUUCCGCAGCUAGCUGAUUUUCUGUAG